GCGAGGAAGGCGGCUCGGGGCACAACUGUAAGUGUGGAUCAAAGCGAGGACGCGCGACGAGCGGCGGCGGGGGCGACGAGCGGCCCUGGGCAGGGGGAUGCGGCGGGCGCUGGCUGCCCAGCGCGCCGGGGAGUCGGGCUGCGCGGCUCACGUGCUGAGCAGGAACCCCAGCAGAGAGGAGAACGAAGAGGAAGGCAACCGCCGGGAAAGGCGCUGCGCUGAACGGAGUUGCAGGGCUGGCGCAGAGCCGGGUCCCCACGUCCCGCGCAGUGAGCAGCCGAGACAAUAAAGUAGCGGUCGACGACCCCCGAGCGCCCGAGGGAGGAGGCAGCAGAGCAGGCUUUGAUGAAAAAUCGAGAAGAAAGAAUGUGUGAAAGAAAAAGAUGACGGCUGUGCAUGGCAAACAAAAUCCAAAGAUUAACGCAGUGAGAACAAAAGGAAGGCGGUAUAAUACUUACUAGUUAAAGAUGACAGAAGGCAGGCACUGCCAGGUGCACCUCCUGGAUGACAGGAGACUGGAGCUGCUGGUUCAGCCCAAACUUCUAUCAAGAGAGUUGCUGGACCUCGUGGCUUCACAUUUCAACCUGAAAGAAAAGGAGUACUUUGGAAUAACGUUUACAGAUGACACAGGUCACCAGAACUGGCUGCAGUUAGAUCACCGAGUUCUUGACCAUGAUUUGCCCAAGAAACAAGGCCCGACUAUUUUGCACUUCGCAGUAAGGUUUUACAUUGAGAGCAUAUCGUUUCUAAAGGAUAAAACCACCGUGGAGCUGUUUUUCCUGAAUGCAAAGUCCUGUGUGCACAAGGGGCAGAUCGAAGUAGACAGUGAAACCACCUUCAAGUUAGCGGCGCUGGUUUUGCAGGAAGCCAAAGGGGACUACACCAGUGAUGAAAAUGCCAGGAAAGAUUUGAAGACACUACCAGCCUUUCCAACCAAAACUCUCCAGGAGCAUCCAUCCCUCGCUUACUGUGAGGACAGGGUAAUUGAGCAUUAUUUGAAAGUCAAAGGUCUGACUCGGGGUCAAGCUGUGGUUCAGUAUAUGAAAAUAGUAGAAGCUCUACCGACUUAUGGAGUCCAUUAUUAUGCAGUAAAGGAUAAACAAGGACUUCCUUGGUGGCUUGGAAUCAGCUAUAAAGGAAUUGGCCAGUAUGAUUUACAAGAUAAGGUGAAACCUCGGAAAUUAUUCCAAUGGAAACAGCUGGAGAACUUAUAUUUCCGUGAGAAAAAAUUUGCUGUUGAAGUUCACGAUCCACGGAGGAUUUCGGUGUCAAGAAGAACCUUUGGGCAAAGUGGCCUCUUUGUGCAAACGUGGUAUGCAAACUCGUCGCUCAUCAAAUCCAUCUGGGUAAUGGCCAUUAGUCAGCAUCAGUUUUACUUGGACCGGAAGCAAAGCAAAGCAAAAAUUCCUUCAGCCAGGAGUUUGGACGACAUCGCCAUGGAUUUGACGGAGACGGGAACACCAAGGGUCUCCAAACUGGUGACAUUGGAGGCGAAAAGUCAGUUCAUCAUGGCAAGCAAUGGCAGUUUAAUCUCCUCAGGUUCUCAAGACUCAGAAGUAAGUGAGGAGCAAAAGAGAGAGAAAAUUCUUGAACUCAAGAAGAAGGAAAAGCUGUUGCAAGAAAAACUCCUGAAGAAAGUUGAGGAGCUUAAGAAGAUCUGUUUGCGGGAGGCUGAGCUCACAGGCAAAAUACCAAAGGAGUAUCCUCUGAACAUAGGUGAGAAACCUCCUCAGGUCAGAAGGCGUGUAGGUACCGCGUUCAAAUUAGAUGACAACUUGCUGCCCAGUGAAGAGGAUCCUGCUUUGCAAGAACUGGAGAGCAAUUUCUUGAUACAGCAAAAGCUGGUUGAAGCUGCAAAGAAACUUGCCAAUGAGCCAGACCUUUGCAAAACCGUGAAGAAAAAACGAAAGCAGGAUUACGCGGACGCAGUGAAAAAGCUUCAGGAGAUUGAAAAUGCAAUAAAUGAAUACCGAAUUAGAUGUGGAAAGAAACCCAGCCAGAAAGCAACAGUUAUUUUACCAGAAGACAUAAUCCCAUCAGAGAGCAGCUCCUUGUCUGACACUGCCACCUAUGACGAUCCCAAUGACACCUUCGCUGUUGCUGGGCAGCGAUCAAGUUCAGUACCUCAUUCUCCAAGAAUUCUUCCCCCCAAGUCUCUUGGUAUUGAGCGAAUCCACUUCAGGAAGUCAUCCAUCAAUGACCAGUUUGUGGAUACCAGGCAGUCCAGAGAAAUGCUGUCAACACACAGCAGCCCAUACAAAACCCUGGAGAGGCGGCCCCAAGGAGGACGAAGCAUGCCCACCACACCGGUUCUUACCCGAAACGCCUACAGCAGCAGCCACUUGGAACCUGAAUCUUCAUCUCAGCACUGCCGCCAGCGGAGUGGAAGCCUCGAGUCCCAGUCCCACCUGCUCUCUGAGAUGGACAACGAUAAGCCAUUUUUCUCCCUCUCCAAAUCCCAAAGAAGCAGCAGCACGGAAAUCCUCGAUGAUGGGUCUUCCUACACCAGCCAAUCAAGCACGGAGUAUUACUGUGUGACACCAGUUGCCGGCCCCUAUUACACCACCCAGACUCUGGACACUCGUGCCAGGGGUCGGAGAAGGUCCAAGAAACAGAAUGUUUCCGCUUCAAAUUCAGGAAGCAUGCCCAACCUAGCACAAAAGGAUAGUUUGAGGAAUGGCGUCUACUCAAAGAGUCAGGAGCAACCAUCUUCUAGUUAUUAUAUUGCUGGGUACACACCAUAUACAGAGUGUGAUCUUUAUUACAGUGGUGGCUAUGUCUAUGAGAAUGACACUGAGGGACAGUACAGUGUCAAUCCUUCCUACCGGUCCUCAGCCCAUUAUGGAUACGACCGCCAAAGGGACUACAGCAGAUCCUUUCAUGAAGACGAGGUUGACCGGGUACCCCACAACCCGUAUGCAACUCUCCGGCUGCCAAGGAAGGCAGCUGCCAAGUCGGAGCAUAUCACCAAAAACAUCCACAAGGCCUUAGUUGCAGAGCACCUGCGUGGCUGGUACCAGCGGGCCUCUGGGCAAAAGGAGCAGGGGCACAGCCCACAGACUAGCUUUGACUCAGACAGGGGAUCGCAGAGAUGCCUGGGGUUUGCUGGGCUGCAAAUACCCUGUUCUCCAAGCAGUCGAGCAUCUUCCUACUCUUCAGUGUCUUCUACAAAUGCUUCUGGGAGCUGGAGGACCCAGAUAACCGUAGGGCUAUCUGAAUACGAGACCCCCGCGCAUUCUUACACCAGCUGCUAUGGCAACAUCUACAAUCCUUUGCCCUCUCCAGGCAGGCAAAACCAAGGGCUUCUGUCCCGGAAAAUGGUUGUGUCUCCAGAAAUGAGAUCAGUUUUAAAUUCUCUUUUGCUAAGGGUAGCCAGCUGUAACAGUACACAGAGACCAGUCAACUGGACGGUACAGAUGGAAACCGAUUGGAAGACAGCCUGGACAGUAGUGAGCAGAGGCUCUUUUGGCAUGAAGAUUCAAAGCCUGGAACAUUAGUCUGAACUGCAGUUGGACCUCUUGACCAAGCACUGCAUUCUCACACUAGUGUGCCUUGCAAAAUGUGUUCGUCUUCCCAGAAGGCUGUUGGUCUUUGGAAACCUAAGGGCAUCUGAGGUGGAAGUGAAUCACACACUAAGCCACACAGAGCCCCUAAACAACAACUUGCCUUUCAAAGUCCAGUCACUAACCUGACAAACCAAGGUUGGACCACACAUUGAACCGUUGCCAAGAGAGGAUUCGGCCUUUAUCAAUAGCAAGCACUUUUUAUGGGAUUAAAGUUGUUGAAGGCAAACCUCGAAACUGUGAACAGUGCGUUCAGGGUCUCCACUAGGAAAGAAGGAGAGGGGAAAUUUCAGAGCACAAUUCAGGAUGAUGAGAGAAGGGAAACUAGAAGCUUCUGAGUCAUUCCUCACCAUCAGAAAGUUUGAAUUUGUGAGCUGGUGAAGAAUAACAUGCUAUUUCUACACAGACAUGAACAAUUUAGACAGUAUUGGAAAAUUACUUGAAGAGAAGUUGGAUUUUCAUGAAGUUCAGAAUGAGUGUAAAUGUUUUUAGGAUAUUAUAAAGAGUGAUGGUUUUCAUAAACACCAUAAAAUGGGUUCUGGAAAGACUUAUCGCUGUAGCAUCCUGUAAUAUAAGUUUAUGGUAGCAGACUGGGGAAAAUGAAGCAGUCCACUGAAUAAUUGACAAACUCUGCUUGGAGAAUUUUCUAAGGUACAAUAUCAUUGAGCUCCUUUUUUCUUUCUACACCAAUGGCAUGAUGAGCUAUUAUUCAGGCUGGUAACUUUCCAACUGGCUGUCCUUUGAAAUGGCAGACUUGAUAUGGAAAGUUUAAUAAUCGAGCAUUUAAAAAAGUAUUUUAAGGUAAUACAGAAAGAACCUAAAACAACAACAACAACAAACCCACAUCAUUUUAGAUGAAUUGCGUGCCUUAAAAUGGUGAACAUUAGAAAAUUAAGCAUACUGUCUGGAUUCCACAGGUGGUUCUAAGUCUCCAAGUGACAAAAACAAGAUUGGUCAUAAAAAAAACUCCAAGCUGCAGUAGAUUUAAUUAUGAGGCUAAAACUACCUCAUACUUUCCUUGGAAGAACUAAUUAGCUAUGGUUUAUUGUAGGUUUUUUUUAAGAACAAAUAUUUCCAUAUUCCAGAUUGAUCUUUUUUGUCAUCUCUACUCUGCUUCAAAAUUGUGUACAAGGUGCUCCUUCUCCCCCUUUUAUACAGGUUUCUUGUUCAUAUUGUGAAUAGAGAAGUUUCCGAACAACCUUUUUUGGAACAUUUUCUAUCUAUAUUCCAAAGCAUGUAAUAUAUACAUAAAGAUGAUUUGUUAAACUGGU